AAAACCUCAACCACCUUUUCUUAACUUAAAUAUGUUAAAUAUGAUAAAUCAUAAUUUGAUUUCGCUUCAGACAAACUGACUUGCUUUUGGACCUUAUUGUGAGAAAAUCACCCAGCUGUCAAAACAAAGUGUUCGUCAUGUCUGUUCUGUAAAAAGACACUCAGACAACCCUGAAACCACAGCAGUUAUAAGUCUUUGUCCUCUACGCCAAACCCAUUAUGUCUCUACGAAGUCUGUCCCUUGUACUGCAUCCACGGUCUCAUUGUCAUGUAAAGCAACAUGGAUGACUUUAAUAACAUAUAGCAGCUGGAGCUACCUGUACCUGCCCUCAGGUAAACACAGAGUGAGAAUAAAUGCAUUUCUGUCACGAGUGUUUACACAGGACUUAUGAAGGAUUCACUGACCACUCACUGUGAUUAAUCACGCAAUAGUGUACUGACGCACCAUUGUGGCCCGCUCGUAUUGUCUCCUAGUGUGCCAGUGUUGGGAACAUGCGGUUAAAUGUCACUGCAAAACCUAUUUAAGCAUCACGCUGGGCGGAAACCUAAAGAUAGCAGAGCAGACAGGGAUGAUAAAAACAUAGAAAACCACGAUCAAAUAAGCGGAAUCAUUCCUGCAGGGACCCAGUUAGACAUGUUGAAGCUUUUCACCCACGCCGUGUGGAAGGCCGUCCUCUUACUGAAUCUUCUAACAAUAGGUAAGUGUCUUGUGCUUAUAUUUUCCUAAAAUGAAGCUACAAGGAGUAAAUGUUUAUUUCUGAUGGCAGGAUGUGGAAAUGCUUCAACCAACUGCACUAAACGCAGAUGUCUGGCUCAAACGCUGGUCGACAAAGAGCUUCGUGACUCAGCCGCAGAGUGACAACUGCACACAAAUUAUCAGGGUGCCUUUUAUCGAGUACCAAACUCUAUCAGUUGUAAGUAUCUUUUUCUGUUAAUAACGUUUGUUUGGCUGAACGUAUAAGAAGUUUAACCCUGUAAACAUUGGAGUAUGUUGAGUUAAUCAUUCUUCCACCAGCACUGGAGAAGUCUUACAACUUCGUCUAACUUUACACAUCUUAUUUUCUUCCAACAGAACACCAAAGAGCUACGACUAGUGAGUCAAAUUCGAGCCACGCUUGUAAGCAUCAAAAUACCUUUACUACCCAUUGAAAAAUCUUCUGUUUCAAACUCAUUAAUUCUGAUUUCGAUCCACAGCGAUGGGAUGAUCCAGAUUUAUCUUGGGAUACAUCGGUUUACCAGUUCGAUGAAGUCAUCCUACCAGUUGCCAAAGUCUGGACCCCGGAGAUCCACGUUACAAAUGGGUCAGCCGCGUCAUAAAAGUAGCAACAGACUUUCAUAAAAGAUUAAAUAAAUCUGAGCUGUCUGUCGCCUCUCACCUGUGCAGGAUACUAACAACCAUGAAGCACAGCUCCAAUGAUCUGCUGGUCUACAGUAACGGCACAGUGCUGCACGCUGUGGUCAUCACUGCUGAGGUCAACUGUGAAGUCAACUUGUUCAACUAUCCUUUCGCCGGGGAUGAAUGCCCUGUGGCGAUCCAAACCUGGGCCACUGAUGGUGAGCUCAGAAUUUCAUUAAAUCAAAAAGUUGACGAAAGAGGAUUUUUAUUUGACGUCUUUGGCCAUUUUUAACUCCUGGGGUUACAUAAAUAAAUUCAAACGUGCCAAAACUGCAGUUCCUGGACUGACCACUGGUGGUUCGCCUCAAAAGUAGAUUAAUCCUGAAUGACCUCUAUAUUAAACAUCAAAUUUAAACAUGGUGGCAUGCUUAUAGUUUGGCGAAGUAAACAGUUUUAGUCACUAUCUUUAUAUUCCCUAAAUAAUGCCGUAGUCAUCUGUUUAACCAAGUACCACCAGGGAAUAUAACCAGUCUUUAGUAAAUUAGCUUUUCGUAGCUAUUUGCUGCUUCGCUUAAAAUGUUUGCUUUGAAAGACUCCUCACACCUCGAUCACUUCAACGGUUUAUACAGAAAUGGUCAUAAAACAACAGAAAUUUGAAUCUGCAAAACAGUAGUUCACAAACAAGUUGGUUACGUCUGUAAUUUAAGUUAAUGCCUUUUUUUUCCCAGGGUGUGGUACAAGCUUAGAUUUCUUUGAUGUGAAAAUGGUUGAUGGUGGUCAUGGAGAUUGGGAAACAAAUUAUGUAUCUUUGGAGAAACAAAGAGAUGACCGCAAUUACAUUAAGGUGAGUUUGUAAAUGUUAUUUAUUCUUAUAACACAACAAGUUCCUAUAAUAGUAGCAUUAACGUUUUUGUAGUAAGACUGCAGAGCCUGAUGUUGGGUUCAGAUCUCUUCUCAGAAAACCCUGAAAACAUGCCGAUGGAUGAUGCAAACAUGCUUUACAAUCAAUAUGUGUGUGGUGUUCCCCUCAGGUGGGACUAAGGAUCAAAUAUACCAACCCCUUCAUCACACUGAUGCUGCCCAGUAUCCUCAUCGUCUUGGCUGAUGUGGUCAGUUUCGCUCUACCGCUCGGAGGAGGCGAACGCAACUGUUUUAAGGUCACCCUGGUCCUCAGCUUCACCAUGUUCCUCAUCAUCCUCAACGAUGUGCUCCCCGGAGACAGCGAAUGCAGCCCAGUAAUCCGUCAGUCAGCACACAUGCAAACCAAAAAUAUGUACAGGGGCAUAUCAAGAGGGUGGUCUGCCUCCUUUUUAUGCCCCCCUUUGGUUAAAGCAUCUGGAUCUGUCUUGUUACAGGUUGACUAACUAACUGUCUGUCUUUGCUGCAGGAACCCACUUCUGUAUCUGCCUGAUCCUCUUGGUCUUGAGCAUGUUGGUGUCCAUGAUACUGACAGGAAUGGCCAAAAAUGGCAGCCUCAUUUUCUGCUGUUGGCCCAAAAGGAGUUCAACCCCAGUCAACAGCGAUACCAACGAUGAAAAAGUGGAUGACGGUGAGGAAGACUCCUAAAACGUGGAGAUUUUAUCUGAUCAAAAAGUCUUGAUUGUUGUUUCAAACUCUGAAUGACCCAACUUGACUCCUUGCAGAAACCAAAGCUGACAUCAGUGUGGUUCAGCUCAACGCCUCAGAGGGAGACAGCCGGAUGCUCAGGAGGGUCGUGGCCUUCCUGGAUGAUCUCAGCUCAAAGAGCGAAGAAUGUGACAAAUGUCAGAGGAUCGCCGAAACGCUGGACAAGAUAUUUUUCUGGUGUUAUUUAAUUUUAGGCACAGCUUAUUUUGUUUCCAUGUCUUGUAUCAUGGUGUUUCAUGACUGUGAAGUUAAUCACUUUGAUUUCUGGUACUAAUUAAACAGGCUAGUUGGAAGUCUUUCGGUGCUGUUUGAUAGCAGCUAAAUUGUCUCACUUAAAAAUUAGAGAUAGGGCUGUAACAACAUCGAUUUUCAUAAAAAUCAUCUUUAAGGAAAACUGAAACAUUUAUAUGGUGCUGACAAUGUUGGAUUUGGGAGCUACAAUCAAUCUAAAAUUUACAGUCUCCUGUUGUUUGUUUUAUUUUCAUCCAUCCAAAUUUACACUCUAAAGGAAGCCGCUCAUACUUCAAAAUAAAAGCACAGUUUUACCACACAGAAAAUAAAAUCAGACAGUAAAGAUAUCAAAAUAAAAGCAUGUUAAACAAUCAUUAAAAUGUCGCUGUCUUCUCCAAACAAGCUUCAGACACAGACACGGUGAUCUGGAUAAACCAAAAAUUAGA